UCGGUCAGCUGAGACCCGCUCGUAUUCGUUCGAAACACAUUGAUCCAGUAAACCGGUGGCGGCCACGUCGCGUCAAUCUAAAGUGUUUCAAAGUGCCUUCGUUUCGUCGUUUCAAAUUUACCCCUUCUGCAUUUACCCCAAGGACAAACCCCAACCUCAAAGGAAUUUUGUGCUUAAUUACCAACCACGCAGAAAACAUAAAAUCGGCUUAAAAGUCGAACGGAAACUGCACAAUUAACGAAACGAGAAAUCGCAGCUGAGAUGCAGCCAAUCUCGUCCCUAAGGCGCCGACAGAGAGUACAUCGGAUAAAGAGGAUAAUGCGUGUGUUGAAAUAAAGAAUUGAACUUUUCGUUCGAUACUGCAGUCCUUGUUUGGGGACAUUAGUUGGUGAAUAAUAAUCAAUACCUUCGUUAGAAACUGUGUCUAAAGACUGUGAAAGAAGAACUGAUAAGGAAUUAAGUGUGCAGUGAUUUUGCGUCAAAAUUUCGUUUAUGCAAUCGCGAUCUCGGAGAAGCAUCUGACCUUAUCGAGAGCGAGGACAGAGCAUUGAACGAGGAAAUCAGAACGUUUUUAAUCUUAAGAUUCAGUAUCUUUCGAUGGACGAUUUCCCGAGCUAACUGAACGUGCAUCAACCCAUACACGUCACACAGCAAACUUCAAAUAAAACUUAAGGAUAAUGCGAAACUUGGAAAGGUUAUCGGGCAGCGACCAAGACUGCGUCGAUCAGGAGAUGUACAUCGACGACGACGCCUCCGUGGAUUCUCUUACAGGAAAACGCGGUCGCCAUCAUGUCGUCGGGACAGAGGUGGGCGAGGAAAGUGACAGUAGCGGGAGCGAAAGAAGCCCGAAGCAGGCGAAGAGACGAAAUCGGGGUGCUCCACCCACGACGAGGAGAAGAAAAAGUGGGAUUUCUGCGAGGGAGAGAAAUCUUCGGAGGCUGGAAAGCAACGAGAGGGAAAGAAUGAGAAUGCAUUCCCUAAACGAUGCUUUCGAGCAACUGAGGGAAGUGAUACCACAUGUGAAAAUGGAGAGGAAACUCAGUAAAAUCGAAACACUGACGUUGGCUAAGAAUUACAUAAUGGCGCUAACGAACGUCAUAUGCGAGAUGCGUGGAGAGGAACAACCAUAUACAUUCGUCGACGGAGAAUGUGGUUCCAAUAGUGGUGAUAGUACGGGCCAACUGGAGCUAAGUGGUGGCGAGCAGCCAGAAGAAGCCUCUCCAGCCUCGAUUCACGAAACGAAUAACAACAACUUGUUGCACGAGGACUUAGAACGUAGGAUACCAUAAAUUUCGUCUUCCUCUUGAAGGAGUUUGGGAGCAAAUUCGCAAGGGGUUCACGACACAAUCAGUCCAAUCAGUAUCAACCCACCUCGAACAGUGUUCCUUCCAAAAACAAAAAAGAGAAAGAUGCUGAUUGCAAAAGAGAAAAGGAAGCCCGGUAUUUAAUUGGUCCUGCGAAUCGAUAACCUCUGAUUGACUGAUCUCUCCAAACCCCCAAACCGAGACACAAUCAUAUAUGCCAUCGUAGUUGCCGUUUCGAUACUACAAACAUUUUUAUCGAGUCAUCUCCAACACGCCAGGUUGUCCCCUCGAGAAAUAGAGACAGUGGAUAAACGAAUUUUCAAUGAUACGAAAAAGCUACGAGAAAAAACAGAAAAGACAAAAAAAAAUGAUUAGCGAAGAGAAAAACUGUGCUGGGAUGGAGAUAAGUGUGAUAUGUGAGUAACGAUAAGCAUUGGAGAUCGAAAUUCGGUGCGGGUGUUAAAAAUGGCCUCGACUGGUCGCUUUGCAUCUCAAGGACGAGGACGAUAGUGCGCAUGAUAAAAGUAGCGAUAGACAGCGAACUUCGAUGUCGGCCUCAAACGCGAAACUGUGAUAGAACCUCGUUAUAAGAGAGUCGUUUGCAUGCUAUAGUGAGAAGAAAAGCGCGCCAUUUCGUUUUCCUCGGUGGAAACGAAAAAAAAAAUCCUGUAGCAGCGAGAUUCUUCGCGAGGUGUCAACGAAUCUUUUGAAGAAAGAAGAGAAAAGGAGAUAAAUGUACUGCGGCCGAAAGCGGGUGAAUGCACGGUUGUCUGGUUUUCAAUUUUCCUUUAAUAUUUUGUUUUAGAAAAUCAUUUCAAAUUUGUACACCAUUAAAAAUACAAAGAUUGUGAAAACCUUUAGAGUAGCAACUUUAAAGUUCACCAGUCACACUAGGAAUUAUGAGUAAUAUCAAUGAUUGAUGUGUCCAUUGAUAUGAAAGAUUAUAAAGUCAGAAUACAAAGGAAUUCUUCAAUUUAAGAAUUCAUAGCUUCCAGACAAGCUGUCGUAGAUCCUUGUCUCCACUUUCAUCAAAUAUUGAGAACGGAAGCUUGAGACGUGGAGAAUAAAAUAAUUAUCUUGAAAAGUCUGUAAAGGAAAUUGCAAAACUAGAAGUUCCUUCCUGGCGGCUGAGACGAUCGAUCGCGAGAGGGUUGCAACCCUCUCAGACUCGCAACCAGUCGGAAGGGGCCGGAGUUGAGAUCUAAUAAUUUAGGAUGGGCUAUAAUUUAGGAUAUUUCAAAGCCUCGGUUUCGUGUGAUAAAUUCAAAAUAGUGUCAAUAGUAACAUAAAUUUUAAAAAAUAGCAGCCAAAUAGUGUCAUCCAAUUUUUUAAAUAUGAAAUCUGGGGGUUAAGUAUUUUUUAAUCUAGUAUUAGAUCCAGGGAUUCUUGUAAAAUAUAUUGAUAACUUCAAAAUUGUUUAACAUCCGUCAAUCUUUUCAACUCACUUGAAAUCUUAUCAGCCUGGACAGAUUUUUAAAAUCCUUCCUUUUUUUUAAUGCAACCAAAUUCUUUGAAAACUAUUUAACAAAUGUUAAUCCCAUUAAAUUCCUUUGAAUCUUUGAAAAUACCCUAAACUCUUAAAAAUACUUAAAAAUCCCCUGAAUUCAAUGGAGUCCCUGAAAUCCGUAGAAAUGUUUAGUAGUCGUGAACAUUCUAUUGAAAUUUCAUUUCAUUUACUUCCGCAACUUUUCCAGAAAUCCGUUUGAAUCCCUUGCAAUCUUUUAAAUGUUAUUCAUAUCAUGGACACCUUUUUAGAACCCUUUGAUAUUUUCUGAAAUUCUUUUAAAAACCUUUAAAAAAUUGUAAUCUUGUUAAAUAUCUUCGAAUCUUUUUAAAUUCCCUAAACUUUUAAAAAUCCUUUGAAAUCCCAUAAAAUCUAUGAAAUCCCUAAAAUGCGUAGAUAACCCUAGAAGUCCCGUGAAAUUUUAUUUCAUUUAUUUCCUUAACUUUCUAGAAAUCCGUUUGAAUUCGUUGAAAUCUUUUAAAUGACAUUGAUAUCCUGGAAACCUUUUUAAACUCUUUGGUAUUUUUUUAAAUUCUUUUAAAACACCGUUAGAAAUUUUAUAUCUCGUCAAAUACCUCAUAAUCUUUUAAAAUGCCCUAAACUCUUUCAAAUCCCUUGAAAUUCCCUGAAAGUCUCUGAAAUCCCUAAAAUCUAUACAAAUUCCCAAAAGUCCAUUGAAUUUUCAUUUCAUGUAUUGCCUAAAUCCAUUUGAAUCCCUUAAAAUAUUUUUAAUAGAAUUGAUAUCACGAAUGGCUUUCUAAAGUUCUUUGAUAUUUCCUCAAAUCCUAAUUCUUUGAAAACUUAAAAGAUCUAAAAUCACUUUAAAUUCCUCGCAAUCUUUUAAAAUAUCCUAAACUCUUCAAAAUCCUUUGAAAUCCAUUGAAAUGUAUAAAAUACAUUGAAUCUUAUUAAAUCCCUAGUAAUUCCACAAAAAUCAAGUCAAAUUCCAUAAAGUAUCUAAAAAUUUGUAAGAUCAUCUAAAAUUACUUCAAAAACGAUGAAAUUUUUGAAAUCCUCUGAAAUCCCAUAAAAUCUGAUGUUAUUACUAUUAUAAAGCCCCUUUAUUGAAUUCUGUUGAAAUCCGUGGAAAACUCUUCAAAUCUUUUAAACCUCUUAAUAUCUUUUUAAUUUCUUAAAAUCUUUGGUACCCUUUUCAAAUUCCUAAAAAAAAUUUUAAUCUCAAGAAAUUUCUUGGAAUCUUGUGAAAUGCCUUAAAAUAUUUCAAAUCCUUUGAAAUCCAUUGCAAUUUUUUAAAUCUUUUAACUCCAUGGAGAUCCUACAAAUUCACGUAGGUCUGAUAAAAUUCCUACAAAUUACCUCGAAAUAUUUUUAAAUCACGUAAACUACUUUUUAAUUUGUGAUAUCUCUUCUUCUAAAAUUUUAAAAUCAGAUGAAACAUUCUCAAAUCUUUCAAAAUCCCUUUAAAAAACCAUUAAAUGCUUUCAAAUCCCUGAAUUAGUUAAAAAAUGUUAAACCCCUUUGAAAUAUUUUGAGAUCUCGUGAGACUUUUAGAGAUCUCUUCAAAAUUGUAUUAAAGUUUAUUUUUUCUCAUUUUUGAAAUCAAAAUUAAAUAUGUUAUCUUAGCUAAAUUAGCACAAAAGUUUGAGUGAAAAAAUAUUUGCAUUAUCCAGAAAUUUAAGGAAAAAGUACCAAUAGUGUUUUUUUCAAAAUAGUAGCAAAAUUGUUUUAAAAAAGUAUCAAAAAGCGUCAAUAGUAAAUUAGGAGACUUUGAUAAAACUGCAAAAUGAAAUCGAAAGCAUGACUCCCAAAGUCAUAAAUGUUGAAUUUCACAUAUUUCAACAUUUUCAUUAAAAAAUUUUACAAUAUUGUUUGGAAAUUAUUUAUUUUGAAGAAUUUAACUUAUGUACAUUUUCUAGAAUAUAAUUUAAAAAAUUAUUUUCUUUAAAGUUUGAAGUCGUUUCACUUUUCAGUGCUUUAAAAGUUAAAAUUCUUCAAUUAAAAAAGUUUCUAAUUUAAAAUUGUACAUUUACGACAACAUUCAGAUUGAAGUUUGAAUAUCGACAAAUUUUAACAUUUCAAUUUUAUAUCGUACAAUUUUAAAAUUACAGUUACAACAAUUUGAACAAUGAAAGUUUUUAUUUAAAGAUUUUAAAACUAGAAUCAUUUCUUAAAAAUCUUGAUUCUAGAAGGGACUUCUAAAUUUUUAAUUAGUAAUUAAAGUCUUCCUAAUUAAGCCUUGACGCUUUCCGUUAUUAAUUUGCAAUUUUCCAAACCUAUUUUUACAUUUUCGGACAAAUGUCUCAAAUAAUAAAAAAAAUUAAUUUAAAGGAAAAUUGAAAACUCAAAUACUCAGCGAGAGACUCGAGAAGUUUCUUUGGUAUCAGGACUACGCGUUAGAGGGUAAAAAAAUGUUGCUCGGCAGCUAAAACUGCUUCUUUUCGCCACCAAGGAAAUGUUGCCAAUCCGUUUAUUGACGCAGCGAAUACAUCGACUUUUUAGGAUAAUUUCAUCAAUUAGCAUAAUAGGAUACAAGCCAUAAGUCGCUCGCUGAUUUGAGAAAGACGAUUUUCUCAGUAGCGAUUCUUAAUUGCGAUCACACGAGAAAUAGGGACCAAAUUGUUAUUGUUUGUUUGAUUGUUCUUAUAUAUCUAUAUAUUUUUUUUUAGUUACCAGACGAGUGAAGUGUGUAAAAAUUAUUAGGCCUUAAAUUUUCUCGAGUUACCAGACGCAACAUCUUAUAGAUUAUGUUUCGAACGAUAAUUGCCGCUCGGUAAAAUAGUGUGAAAUGACGAAUCAAAAGCAAGCAAAAGAGAACGGUCAGGAGUGAAAUUUAUUGACGUACCUACUAUGUAUUUUUUAUAUGUGUAAUGUGUAUUUUAAUUGUGUGUUACGAAAAUAUUCUGGCAAUGAUAAAAAAACGGUCGUUUCGUUUUUUUGAGAGUUUGUGAAUAUCCAGUGGGAAAUUAUCAAGACUCACGAUUGACGCAACAUUGAACCAGUACUGACUGCCAAUAUGAUAAAUAUAAAAAAUAGAAUAAAAAUUAUCAAUAAUAAAUUAUUGACACUAACUUAAAAUUAAUAUAAAAAAAAUUGUUUUAUUGGCAAGGAGUGGAUCAGAGCCAUUUUAAAGUGUGCUGAUGAACGCAGCUUUGUUCUCACAUGCGGAGAUCCCGAUUAAGCCAACGAAAAGCGUGCGCGCGCACGCGGCCCGCAGGGAAGGGGUCGCAUGUUGCUGGCGUGCGCACGCCACUUGCCGCCGGUCUAACCGGGAUCUCAGAAUGCGAGUCUCUAAUUCGCUACCUAUUUAUUGGCGAUUGUAUUUUGCCAACUCUGGAUUCAAUAUUGGUCCGAUAUUGGCAAGUCGGGUCUUGGCAUGGGCAUUAAUACCCCAAAUUUUUCCUCACUGGAUAAAAGUGUACACUAUGCCUUUACACGCGGAAAAUAAAUAUUUCCAUUUGAUAUUAAAAUAAAUAAAAGUUUGGUUCACCUUCUGUUUGUUCUGAAAGCUAUCUAAUUCUAUGAGAAGAGAAAUUAGAAAAUUGGAAAGUAUUGGAAAGUGUGAUUAAGUAAAAAAAAUAAAUUAAUUGACAAAUGGGAAAUUUUCCGCGUGAGAGGCGAGUGAAAAAGGCAAUUUUGUACACAAGUCAGUGUCACAGAAGCGAUGCUGUGUUACCACUAAUCGCAUGCGAAAUAGUUAUUAUAAAUGUUGCUUGUACCGCCAACAAUGCUUUGCUGGCAUUGCACACAUUUAACUGCUUUCAAAGGAAUACUAGCAGAGUCAACUGAACAUUCCAGAAUAAGUGUAUGGCCUAUUCUACUGUAUAUAUUUCUACUCUUACGACUCUCUUCGAAUCUUAAACAAAUUAACAACUGCUCGAAUUUAAUGUUUUCUCGACCACGAUACUUACUUAAAAUACGAAUAUUUUUUACGCAAUUCACGAAUAGUUAGUCAUUGAUUAUGGCAGAACCUUAAUUUACACUAUGGCGCCUCAUGAAAUCCUUUUAUUUUUAAUUUUCUGAAUUAUUGACUCAGAAAUUUCUUCAUUUUUGGCGAGAAAAUUAUUCUCUAUUUUUUGAAGAUUAAAAAAUAUAUAUCGAGCGGUCGCUAUGAAGAUUUUUAUGACAAAAAUUUGACACCAUUAACGUCAAAUUGAUCCCUAAUUUAUUUUUUUAAAUUAUGAAAUUUUUAGAAAAUAUUACUUAUUUUACUGGCAACAAUUUCUACUAUUCCAGAAAAAUUUUAGGAAUACUUGU